AUGCAUUCCCGUACUAGAUCCGCUGUAAUUGCGGCUGCCACUCUCUCUUCUUUGCCUCUGUCUUCUGCCCUUCCCAGGACUGGAAACUCCGCCGCGGUCAUUUAUGGCAACUUCACUGCACCUUGCAAUACCACUACAAGCACCCCUAGCACUACGCCUUCGCCUGUUACUACCACCUCCAGUAGUACUGAAAUCUGGGGUGACUGGACAACCACCACCUCCACUCCAGUUUCUCCUGUGACCACCUCUACUACAACCGAAGAGAUCUGGAACGAUUGGACCACCACCACCACCACCACAACAACAACAACAGCUCCUUGCGAGACGACCACCAGCUCGACCCCGAUCUCUCCAGAGACAACUACAUCUUCCAGCGAAGUAUGGGGUGAUUGGACUACUACACCUACAACCACCCCCAGCUCAACUCCAGUCUCUCCUGUCACAACCUCUACGACUUCUUCUAGCGUAGUCUGGGGUGAUUGGACGACUACUACUUCAACUCCAGUUUUACCCACGACGACAACAGCAAUUACCACAUCUUCUAGCGAAGUCUGGGGCGACUGGACCACCACCACUAGCUUGACUCCAGUCUCUCCUGUGACGACCUCCACUACGACAACAACUUCAGAGGUUUGGGGCGAUUGGACUACUCCCGUUACUCCCGUCUCUCCAGUCACUCCCACCACCACUACAACCGCAUCGACUUGGGCUGAUUGGAUAACUACCACGACCACUACUGCCCCGGUCGCUCCUACAACCACCUCGACCACUUCAGAAAUCUGGGGAAAUUGGACAACUACAGCCACCUCCGCCACACCGGUCUCCCCCGUGACCACUUCUACUACCACAACUUCAUCAACACCCCCCUCAUCUUGGGCCGACUGGACCACCAGCUCCUCCUCUUCAAACACACCUGUCGCCCCGGUGUCCUCAACCACCAUUCCUUCCACCACUACAGUCUCCACCUCGAAAUCUAGCACGACAAUGUCAACAUCAACCUUGACAUGGAGUUUCGGAACCAGUACCCACGAAUCAGCGACCAGCACCACUCCCGCUGCUCCGGCCGUGACUAGCCUCGCCGGCGCCGCUAGCAAGCUUACUUCUGGCUCUGGAGCAGGUAUCGUGCUCGGUGCACUCGUGGCCGCUGCGGCUUUGUUCUAA